AUGACUUUGCAGCUUUCCUCUGCCUGGAUUUUUAUCCUCCUCCUUCCGGGCCUGGCAGAUGGAGGAAAACUCCUGGUGGUGCCCAUGGUUGGAAGCCACUGGCUUAGCAUGCAGCCUGUGGUUGAAAAGCUCGCUGAGAAAGGACAUGAAGUGCUGGUGCUCCUGCCAGAGGUCAGCUGGAACACGGGAGUGACAGACGCAUACACGGUGAAAACAUACCCAGUGUCUCAAACACUAGAAGAGCUGGAUAACGCCUUUCAGGAGUACGUUGCCACUCACCUGAAGGAUCUGCCUUUCCCAUUGAACACUCUGGCACUUUACAACAUAUCAGUGCACCUUUUCAGCACAUUCUUUGUUCAGUGCAAGGACCUGUUCAAGAGCAAGGAGACCCUGCAGUACUUGAAUCAAAGCAACUUCGAUGCUGUCCUAACAGACCCCUUCUUUAUGUGUGGAGCAACACUUGCAAAUUAUCUUUCUCUUCCGUUUGUGUUCUUCAUGAGAGGACUUCCUUGCAACCUACACUAUGUAGCAACACAGUGCCCAAGCCCUCUGUCCUACGUCCCGAGAAUCUUUACCUUCAACUCGGACCACAUGACUUUUUUCCAGAGAGUGGAAAAUGCAUUGAUUUCCCUCCUGGAGCUUCAGUACUGUAACGGGGUCUACAGAGAAGCAUUAAAGCUUUCCUCUGAAGUUCUUCAGAGAGAUGUAUCCCUGGCAGAUCUCAUAAACUCUGCUUCUAUUUCAAUUCUGAGAUUUGACUUUGUGUUUGAGUACGUCAGACCAGUGAUGCCCAAUAUGGUCUUUGUUGGAGGUAUCAACUGUGCUCAGAAGAAACCACUGUCUAAG